GGAAGUUGAAAUGAAGAAAGAGCGAGUAUGUAGUGAUCAUUUGUCUCUGUGGUGGGCUUCUCUUUUUCUAGUACUGUUUGGAAAUAUUUACUUACUUUUUUAUAAUUAUGUUGUUCCUGGACAUCUGAUACACUGAUCAUUUUGAAACUACUACCAGGAAGAAUGCAUGGGACUUGCUGGGUGUGGAAGAGAGAAAGGAGUUUGUGGGAAGAAAGCAGAAACAUUUGUGCAUCACAGACUGCCCUCCUGUGAUAAGGAAGGAUGAAGGCAGAAGGCAGUCAGGAGGAAUCUGGGUACCACCCAGGCAUUAGUGAAGGAAGUCGAAAUGUGGCACAGUCUGUUGCUCUGCAGAAACGUCUGUCUCUGUCAGGAAUUAGCAUCUUGGAUAAACUUAUCAAAACCUGCCCAGUCUGGCUGCAGCUUCACACAAGUAUGGAGAAAAUCUAUGCUAUACUGAAGGAUGAACCCGCUGGGAUAUUUUUAGUAAGAAAACAUGGUCCAAAAAGAAUGAUGCUGUCUGUCUGCUGUUCUGGAAAGGACCAAGAUGGGGGCAUACAAGACUACAUAAUCAACGAGGAAAUAUCAAUGCUGCAUAUGGAGGGUUCAGUUUUAGUAUUUGAAGAUAUCUUUAAGUUAAUUGCAUUCUACUGUGUCAGCAGAGAUAUACUUCCUUUCCCAUUAACUCUACCACAAGCAUUUUUGGAAGCAAAAAGCUAUCAAGACCUUGAAACAAUAUCAAACCUUGGGAAAAAUUUCUGGAGUUCAUCACUCAACCAAAGAAAAAACAGUGAAAAUGCAGAAAGUCUAAACGAACGACACACUAACAGUGCCCACUCAGGCAUGAUAACGGCUAAUGAAGAUUUCUCAAGCAAUUCAGUGAACCAGUGUUCAUGUGAAAUUGAGCUCUCAGUAGGAAGUGACAGGCUGUGGUUUGUGAAUCCUAUUUUUAUAGAAGAAUGUAGCAAUAUUCUACCUCCAGUUAAUACAAGUUUGCAAAAGCACAGCCUCAAGCCAGGACAAUCAUUACCAGCAACAAGGCAUCUCAGGCCUGCACCAGCACCUCCAAAUCGAUCUACGUCUUUGGGAAAAACCUGGAAUAACUCCAUGAGUACUCUGUAUGAAGGAGAGCUUGAACCUGAAAGUCUAGUCAGUGCUUAUGAAAAAAUGAAACUCUGCAGUCUAGAUGUACGGAAGCCUAAACCUGUGAGUGAACAAGGAAAAUGUAAUCUUCCAGUACCCCCCUUGCAUGUACUAUCACCCAUUUCCUCCAAAAGUCAAACAAAUAUUACUCAUGAAGAACAGGAACCCAGUGACAGUAACAAGGCUUGCGAAAUCUGUAAGCAACUAACUAGUGAAAAUCUGGAGGGGGAAAUUAUUUGUAGUGUAGGACAAUGUGGACAUAACUCAGAGGAUAAGGAAACAAAGGAACUGUGUAAAGAAAAUACGUGCUGCAUUACUGCAAGAGAAUGCCUUGUAAAAGCUUCCACCUGCUUAACUAUUAAUAAAGCUCAGCAAAGUCUGCUAAUGCCAACAUCCAAAACUGAAAGGUCACAAAAGGAUCAUAACAAACCUCCUAGAAAAGUCAAGCCCUCAGGACCUCCACCAAUCCCGCCUCCAAGAACGAAAAAAAUGUCAAAGCAGCAAUGUACAGCAACUAGUCCUGAAGCUUCUGCCUCAUUGAUGGAAGAUAAUGCGGAGAAUAAACGUAACUCAUCCCAGGCUCUGGUCAGUGAAAACUCCCAGCCAGUUAGCCUUUCUGCAAGUUCGGAAUCAUCCUUGUGUUCUCAGGAGGGUAAUUCUCUGCCCCUUAUUCAGGAACAUGACUCUUAUUCAACCAGUAGCACAGAAGAUGAUCUGGAACCUACUCCAAGCCGAAAAAUCAAAACCAGGCUGCACUCUUCCUCUUCUUUAAUACUGGACAAGGCCAAAAAUCGUCUCUCAAUUGCUGCCAUAACAAAUGUUUUUACAGUUUUACUGUCUGCAGACAGGAAAGUGCACAAGAAGAUUUUAGAAUUGGCCCAAGACAAGGAGACUUAUUUCGGAAAUCUGGUACAAUAUUACAAAUCGUACACAUUAGAAAACAUGGAGAGACACACGUCUAGCCUGGAACUGUUGCAGGAAAUCAGAUUAACAAUGACACAACUGAAAAAUUAUCUAAUACAAAGCACAGAACUGAAAACGCUGACCGAAUCACUUGCCUAUCCAGAGGACAAACUAGAAGCCCUUCUGGAAGCAUCUUUGUGCAAAUGUGUGCUGCGACCUUUAAGGAAUGCUAUUUAUUCCUGCCUAAAGACUAUUCACAGUAAGGAUGGCUCCUUUUCACAAUUAACUGAAAACCAGACUGUGGUACAAAAGUCAACCACCACCGAACUGGGGGUAACCACCUGUGUUCCAGAGGUACCGGUAAUGGAGAAAAUUAAGCAGAAGUUUACGUACAUGCAUAAGGCCUACUCCCCCGAGAAGAAAAUUGCUACAUUGCUUAAGACUUGCAAACUCAUAUAUGAAUCCAUGUCUUUGGGAAAUCCAGGACGGUCAUUUGGCGCUGAUGACUUCCUACCAGUCCUGAUGUAUGUUCUCGCCCAGAGUGACCUGACAUCACUGUUCAUGGAUGUGGAAUAUAUGAUGGAGCUGAUGGACCCUUCUUUGCAGCUUGGAGAGGGCUCCUACUAUCUAACUACCACCUAUGGAGCUGUGGAGCACAUCAGAAAUUAUGACAAACUGCCAGUUACACGCCAGCUUAGUAUGGACGUGCAAGAUUCCAUCCAUCGCUGGGAGAGGAGAAGAACUCUCAACAAGGCACACGUUUCAAAGUCAUCUGUGCAGGACUUCAUCACCAUCUCCCUUCUGGAAGCCAACGCCAAUAGUAAAACAGUAGCAAUCCACCCUGAAAUGACAGUUCAAGAUCUGUGCCAGUAUUGUGCAGAAAAGUUUGAGGCUGAAGACCUGGAAACCUAUGCACUGUACGUGUAUGUGGAGGAGAAGUGUAUACCACUGGCUUCAGACGCUCGACCCCUGAACAUAAAAUCUUCAUUGCUGAAAACAGAGCCAAGGAAAGAGUACAGUUUUGUUUUCAAACCUGUAGACAUUAAGGAUCCAGCUCUGCCAGUUAAAGAACUUGAUUUAUUAUAAUUCACUGUCUGUCUACUUGGUUUCACAAUUCAUGCAAUCAAAACUUGAAGUAAAAGAUGAAAGUUUA